AUCUUACCGGCCGCUAACAUCACUCGAUAUCUCGAGGCGAUUCUAACACCAGAGCUUUCAACCCUACCAAACCUGGCAUGCCCUGCCAUCAACACCACACGAUAUGGCGAGCUCAAGAGCAAAGACACCUCAGGCCCAGCCAUUCAAUACUUCUUUGCCCUCAACCUGCGGCAGAACUUGCCACUGUUACCUCGGCUGAUAGGCAGCAUUGUCGAGGCGAUUCGUUUUCUCGGGCCCUCACAAUGCGUGCUAUCCAUAGUGGAGGGAAACUCUCCAGACGGUACCGCCGACGUACUUGCUGCUCUCCGGCCAGCACUCGAGAGCAUAGGGGCCAGGUACUAUGUCGAGUCAUCUCCGAUUGAUCCGAGCAAAGGAGACCGUGUGGCGCGUCUUGCGCAGCUUCGAAAUAAGGCAUUGGCGCCACUCUUGGACCUGCAUGACCUGGCGACAAGCGAUACAACCGUCAUAUUCCUCAACGAUGUAGCCGCAUGCGCCGAGGACAUACUCGAGCUCGUCCAUCAGAAGAGGGCCCUUGGUGCGGACAUGACAUGCGCCAUGGAUUGGACAUAUGUCGGUGAACACCCUACCUUUUACGAUGUAUGGAUCGCCCGCACAAUCAAUGGCGAUUCUUUCUUCGAGAUCCCCCCGGAUGGGAGUUGGGAUUCGGCAUGGAAUCUCUUUUGGAACGCUGACGAGACUCGAAAUCGUUUCUACUCGCAGCGUCCCUUUCAAGUCUUUUCAUGUUGGAACGGUGCGACAGCAUUCACAGCCCAGCCAAUUCUGGAAAAGACUGUGCAAUUCAGGGCAGCGAAAGAAAGCGCCGGUGAAUGCAGACAAGGCGAGCCGCAGUUGUUCUGCAAAGACCUCUGGUUCAGGGGCUACCGCAAGAUUGCCGUCGUCCCGUCUGUGAACCUCGAGUACUCUGUGGAGAAGGCGAAAAAGAUCAAGGAAGCCAAGGGGUUCACGUCUGAGACGGUGGCAAGGCAAGAUCCUGCGGGCGAUGGAAUAGAUUGGCGGCUUGAUCCUCCAGAUAAGGUCAAGUGCAUGCCUGUGUGGGCGAACCAAUAUUGGCAGUCGUGGAACGAGACAUUGAAGCCGUAA